ACAAAGGGUCCCAUAAAUCUCACCACGUGGACAGAGACACGAUGUCGUUUUAAUGAGAUUCAUCGUGAGUGACUUCGCCUUUCAAUCUCCCUCAAAUCUCGAGGUGAUAGAUAGAUCUUUCUAGUUAAGCUAUGGCGCGGAGAUCGCCGCCGCAGCUUCCGGCGUCUCGUCGCGGCGUUGUGUCGUUUCGGUGGAAGCUAAUUUUCGGUGCAAUCUCCGCCUCUCUAUGCGCGCUAGCUCUUCUCAGUAUCCACUACCACCGUCAGUCUCGUCCCAUUCCGUCGCUCUCGGCCGCGAGAUCUCGAAUACCGCUCCAGAAAUACUCCGGAGAUCGUCCGAAGAUGGCGUUCCUUUUCCUGGCUCGACUUGACCUGCCUCUCGAUUUCCUGUGGGACAGAUUCUUCAAGGGCGGAGAUGAGAGGAACUUGUCAAUCUAUGUACAUUCAACACCUGGUUUCACCUUCGACGAAGACACCACUCGAUCACACUUCUUCCACAAUCGCCAGUUGAAGAAUAGUAUCGAGGUGGUUUGGGGAGAAGCAAGCAUGAUUGCUGCUGAGAGAUUGCUGCUUGCUUCCGCCUUGGAGGAUCCUUCUAAUCAAAGAUUUCUUCUUUUAUCUGAUAGCUGUGUUCCCUUAUACGACUUUGGUUACAUUUACACUUAUCUAAUGUCUUCACCGAAGAGCUUUCUAGAUAGUUUUCUUGAUACUAAAGAUCAGCGUUACACCAUGAAAAUGUUCCCUGUCAUACCCAAAGAGAAAUGGCGAAAAGGAUCUCAGUGGAUAUCGUUGAUUAGAAGCCACGCAGAGGUCAUUGUUAAUGACGACACUGUGUUCCCAGUUUUCCAGAAGUUCUGCAAGCGAUCUCUACCUCUGGAUCCCACUAAGAAAUGGCUAUAUCUUAAACACAGACGUCACAACUGCAUCCCUGAUGAACACUACGUUCAAACUCUACUUACAAUGCGUGGCUUGGAAAGUGAAAUGGAACGGAGAACAGUGACAUACACUACAUGGAACCUAUUAGCCAAAAAAGCGGAAGCUAAAUCAUGGCAUCCUCUAACUUUCACAUCUGACAAUUCCGGAGCAAAGGAGAUAGAAGAAAUAAAGAAAAUCAACCAUGUAUACUAUGAAACGGAGUAUCGAACAGAAUGGUGCCGGGCUAAUUCAAAACCCGUCCCUUGCUUUCUCUUUGCGAGGAAGUUCACUAGAGGAGCUGCGAUGCGUCUUUUGAGUGAAGGAUUAGUAGAAUCAUCAACAGAUACAACAACAACCUCUUGAAUGUAAGAAAGUUAAACACACAGGUUAAAGUUACAAAACUAAGAAAGACAGAAACCCGAAACUGCACCAGAAAGGGUUUAACUUAGAGCAUACAGAAAUGAAGCAUACAGAUUACAGAUAGUACAUUAAUUGAUCAGUGGCUUAGUACAAACUACAGGCGUUAUGUAUUUCUUUUUCUUUUUGUAUUUUAUAUGUAUUUUAAAUAAACCGGUAAUUUAUGUGCUUCAAAUC